AUGCCAUUCGAUUGGACUUACCCGAUUCCCUUCACGACUAAACCCCUCCGACAGGAUCUGUGGUUUUCUUCUCGUUCUCCGUUGAAGAAGUUGCCAUCUCGGACGGUGUAUGGGACGGGGAUAGGGCUCUCGUCCCAUCUGGGAAUCUCUCUGCCACCGCUUCCCUCGUCCUCUUGGAUCCCUCCCUUGCAGACUCGUUAUGCUCCCCUUCCGACCAUCUCAGAAGGACAGCGUCCUUCCAAUUAUUUGUACUUGAGUCCGUCCCUGUCGAGCAGGCCGACCAGCAGCUUUUCCCUCAACGUCUAUUCCCAAGCGAAACCUGUGCUGAAGGACACAUCGAACAUCGACGUCUCCCACGGGAAGCCACAUCUUCAUACCAAGCAUCCCAAUAAUAAUCUCAGAUUCGGGACUAUUCGUCGAGGACGGACUGUGAUACGGAUCACAACCGGAAAGAAAGGAAAAGCUCCUUACACAUCUGGACAGAGGUUUCAAGAGAAAUGGCGACUUUUAUCGAAGAAAACGGGAGUUAAUCCCUCGAUGGUGACGACAGAUGACAGACGAUCGCCUGUAGACCACAUCGAGCCAGACGUGAACAAUGAAGAAGACGUAGAAUGUGUGGAAUCGAAGCCUGACGAGGUUUCGGUUUCACAUAACUCGGAUGAAGAGAUGCCUGGCGAUUUGUUCGUUCUUUCUUCAGAAGAGCCAAUACUUCCUUCGAAGCCGUCGAUGGAGAGGAGAACCAGCUGUUUGGAUUCCGUGGAAGAUUUCGCCCGCAAGCUGGAAGAUGCAGUCCAGACCAGUUCCGAAUAUGAUAAGUCUCGGGUGAUCGAGAACCACAACGUGGAGAACGAAGAAGUGAAGAAUUCGGGAAGCGAGGGGAUGGCGUUUGAGGCCGAGACGGAUACGGCGCAGGAGAAGCAGAAGAGGACUAGAAAAAAAUCGAAGGUAAAAAGAAAGGGAACGGCCGAGGACCUCUUGUCCGGUUUCCUAGCCCUUCAAGAACUUUCGGAAGAGAAGCCCGAGAACAAGACCUCAGAAGAGAAAUUGAGAGGUGAAUCAGACCAGCAAGAAGAGCUGAUACCCGCGCCAUCAGAACUCCUUCUGAACGAUUCUGUGAUUAUCGUCUGUGAUGACCUCUCACGUCACCGUGACGCCGUGAAAUCGACGGAUCGGAAACUCUCGAUAAUCGAAAGAGAGACUCAAAAGGAGGGUGAUAUAUCUAUCGUUGUUACGGUCAAGCAGAAGACUUUUCCGUCGGACAAAGAAAAUGUCCUACCCAUUGGAAAAGGAACCUGUCGAAGGGAAAACGAGAAUUCUUCGACAAAGAGCGAUUCCAUCUCCGUUUCACCCUCUCAAACUCGAAUGGAUGAGAGUUUAGCAGCCCAAGCAGAAACAGUGGUGAAAGGGAAGAUGAAGGGGAAAAAAAUAAUUCAGUCCUUGGAGAUUGCGACCAAGACGAACAGUGAGGAGAAUCAUCCUUCCAGAGAAGGAGAAAGACACAAUCUGGGAAAAGGACAGGCCUCUGAAGAGAAGUCAGAGCCUAUUGGGGAGAGGAAACUCAACUACUCAGUGUUCACUCGAGAGAAGGGUUCUGAGGACGAAGGAAUAAAAAUAUCUCGCGAAGAGAAAAAUGGAGUUGGAGCAAGGAAAGGUAACCGAGAAGUCGUUAACAUUACGCCUUCUGAUGAGGAGAUUCCAAAGGUAGAGAAACUCGAGAAAGCCAGGGCCCUGACGAAAGUCAGCCAUCCAGUGACAAAGUCAUUUUUGGAGAGCAAUGUUCCGAAGGCCAAGAUAGCGGGGAAAUCACCUGGAGAGAAGGCGAUGGAGAAUGAUGGAGAAGCAACUGCGACAAAAAAGAAGGGAAACUGCCCUGGGAGGAAGGAGGAUGAAGCCGCUGCGAAAAGAGUGAAUAGAGUCGUCAUUGAGUCAAUAAUUAUCGAGGAAGUGCCUUCGAAGGAAACAAAAGCAGAAAUGAGACAGCAGAAAGACGGAGCCUCUGCCAAAGCAACAGUCCCAGCUACUACCGAGCACGAAUUCAUCGAAACCGUCCCAAAGGGGAAAAAAACAGAGAAAUCACUGGAGUCGAAGAAAAAUGGAAACGCCGUGGAAACGGUGAACCGAGCGAUUACUAAAUCUGAGAUCCUCGAGAAAGCGAUUCCAAAAAAGAGGCCAAAAGAAUCGGCCAGACAGAAAGGAGGAGCCAUUGUAGAAACAGUGAGCGAAGCGACGAGGCAACCUAAAAUCAUUGAGAACGCAAUUCGGAAGGAGGUCGGAGAGGAAUCACUUGGACAUAAAAAGGAUGAAGCCUCUGCGAAAACAAUAAGCCAGGCGAUCACCAAUCCUAUAGUCAACGAGGAGAAGACAAUAGGCUCUCUUUGGAGGAAAAAAGAUGAAACCACUGCAAAAAUAGCGACACAUGCAACCAACGGGCCUGAACGCGUUGAAAAAUUCAACCCUGAACUGAAGAAAGAAAACUCUCUAAAACCAAAGGAACGUGGAAACAACGUUUUUGAAACUGCAAAUGAGGCAAUCACCGAGUCUGAAAUCGUCGAGGAAUCGGUUUCAACAGAGAAAAAGGCAGUGGACUGCCGUGGACAGCGAAAUGAAGUUUGUGUGAAAAAACGGAACCCAGAGGUUAACCGGCCGCUGUCACGUCCAGCAGACAAGAGAAAAGCACUGGGCAUAGCGAAGAGAACAAAAGAGGGAUCUCGUGCGAAACAAAUCGCUCCGCUCCCUUCCACCUCGGAUUACGAAGUAAAGCAUACAGGUACAGGAGCUCUCGAAGUGGCGAAGAGCGUGAAAGAGCGGCCGAAGAAUAAAGUCGGUCUCCAAGCAGCCGUCUGUGAGUCGAUGGCUUCACAGGAGAAAGAGCUCUCGCAACGAGACGAAGAACUAAAGGAACCUGCUCGACCGUGCCAGAAGGAAAUGCGAAAGGAAUCUCAAAUCAUGGGUCGAGUCCAAGAACCUGCAACCGAUGGAAAUAGAGAGGUUUGUGGAAAAGCUGACUCUCCUGAUUUCUUUUCGACUGAUGACACGGUCGGCACCCUGGUGGAGUCUCGGUCCGAUAUUGGUACGUCGGGAAAACGUCGCCUGAUUCCCGGAAAGGUGCUGGAAGAAGACGCGACGGAGGGUGGGGCAGUAUCGGACGCUUCAAAGACGAAAGUCAUUUCUGCACGCGUGAAACAUAAGGGAAAGUCCGAAUCGGAAACCGAGUGGAACGACGAGAAUGACAAGGAAUCGAAGGUCGAUCGGCCUCGGAUAUAUCAGCCGAAGGUGAUUUGUCCUGCUACGAAACAAGACUUUAUGAGGAAGGAGUCUGAAAAGAAUGGGCUCGAGAAAUCUGAAUCUGCGAUGAAUGCAGGAAACCGAGACGGAACGAAGAAGGAAGAGUUAGAGAACUCUCUAAAGCCUUUGGAGGAGACGAAUGAGGCUGUAGAACUAUAUCCCCACGAAAACCUUCUCGAGGAGGAAGAGCAAUCAAAGCGAAUUCUAACUCCUCGCACUUCCAAGGAAUCUCAAUCAUCAGUGUGCAACGUGAAUUGUCACAAAAAGUGCGAGAAACACAUGCCAAACUUAUGCGGAGUGAACCAGAAGCUCCUUGCCGAGGCCAUGUCCACCAUCAAGAGGGGGGGCGAUGCAAGUAGGAGGGGAUCGGGGAGGAAGUCAGAAGGAGGAUCAUCAUCGUCGUCGUCCAAAAGGUCCACCCAGAGUCGAAAGAGUUCCACAGAAGGGAAAGGGCCUGAGGAAGGAGGAGGAGGAGGAGGAGAUGAAGAGGAAGAGGAGGAGGAGGAAGAAGAGGAAGAGGAAGAAGAGGAAGAGGAGGAAGAGGAAAGAAUCGUACCUCCCGAUAACAGCAACAAAAAAAAAAUCCUCGUCGGGGUGGUCGAGGAACUCCAGGAGGAACUCCACUAUCGCAGGGAUAGUUGUCACCCGCUGGAUGUAUCCUAUUUCGACCGGGGUUUCACCGUGCAGAAGGCUCAAUUGACACCAGUGGACAAGGACAUUCUGGCAUCGAUGGAUCAAAGCCAGUUCAAAGGCUUCUCCUACACCAAUCCCAACACUACAGACUGA